AUAAGAGGGCGUUUUGGAGCAAUCCACCAUUGUUAAUUAUCUCGUUCUUGUUGAACGUCUUUUCUCAUUCCACCGGUUCGCUUCACUGAAUUUCGUCAUCCGAUUUUCUUCGGCAAUAUGAAUGGUAUUGUGAGAAAUGCGCUACGCGCUUCGACUCUUCGUGGGCUGUCGUCAUCCAACGGCAUCGUAACGACUCGCAGUCAAUCCGCCCGAACGUUAUGGGACAUGUGCGCGAGCCGGCAAAUCGUUAAAACUGCACCUCUCACCUCUCUCAUAAAACAGCACGACAAUUUCUACUCCCGGAGAUGUUACAGCAAAUCGCAUACAAAAGCGGAGAAAGAAUUGGUAGAAUUCCUAGCGGAGGAAAUUGUAGCAGAGAAGAAAGCACAGAAAUUAAAGACGAUACCCACAAAAUUAGAUGAUUUCGCAGUGUCUCUUAACGGUGCACAAGUUACCCUUGAGAAAAAGCAUGGUUCUGAUACGGUUCAUAUUUCCUUUAAUGUAAAUCAUACAGUAGAUACAGUAGAUGCUGAUACUGAAGCAGAAGUAGAUCCUCGUCAGGAUGGAAUAGAGCUCGGUGAAAUGAAGAGCAAACCUAAUUUUAUUGUAAAUAUAAUUAGAGGUGAUCAGACUCUGAGCUUUACGUGUUCUUUUAACAAUCAUCCUGGUGCAUCAGGUGCUGAUGAUAAUUAUGAUGACAUUUUUGGUAUCGAUGAAAUCACACUGUACAAGGGCCAACACACUGAGAAUGUAUACUGUGUAGCGGGUGAGAUUGUCGAUGGUUAUCUGUACGACCUGUUGAUGAACUACCUCGAGGAAAAGGGUGUUUCUAACGAAUUUGCAGAUAAAUUGAUUCAUUUAAGCACAAAUUAUGAACAUUCUGCAUAUGUUAGCUUACUGGAAGGCUUGUCUAAAUUUACAUCUGGACAAUAGUUCUAAGAAGUAAUGCUAAGGUUUCUUGUAACUUGCGGUCCUAUAGUUGUGUAUCUAAGAAAGAAUUGUUAAAUAUAUAUGUUUAGCAAUUUA